CUCUCUCUCUCUCCCCCCCCCCCCCCCCCCCCAACUGUCCAACCUAUUCUAUUCUCCCUAUCUACAACAAACAAUAUGACCAUCCUUAUCCCUAUUUAGGGUUCCUCUCUCUCUCUCUCUCUCCGAUUCCGAGCCCACAAAUUUCAUUGACGAGACUUAGCUCUACCGUACCCAAGUCGCCUUACGGAUCUUCUCAUCUGCGUCCUACAUCUCUGCAGAAACCCUAGAAAGAUUGUUUCGCUAUUAAGGUACAAAAGGAAAAUAAAAAAAUUGUAGAAGAAACAGAAUCUCGUAGGGAUGGAUGGGUUUUGUAUUGGUGGAAGUCUUGAAGAGCCUUCCAAUCCUAAAGAUCGUGAGCAAUUCGGAGAUAAUUCCGCAGAAGACACAGUAUUUGAUGCAUCACAAUAUGCGUUCUUUGGUAAAGAUGUUGUUGAGGAAGUUGAGUUGGGGGGAUUAGAAGAGGAGGAGGUCGGUUUGCCUACAGUUGGGAUAGACGAGGAAGAAUUUCUGUACAAUAGAGAAGAGGGUGAGAAUUUACAAUCUUUGUCUGAUAUUGACGAUCUUGCCAGUACUUUCUCAAAGUUGAACAAGGUUGUUAGUGGAUCAAGAAGCACAGGUAUCAUUGGUGAUAGGGGAUCCAGAGAAGGUUCAUCUGCUGCCGAAUGGGCACAAGGGGAUGACUUUCCUUACUGGUUGGAUCCACACGUAUUGGACUCUGAAAGCACUCAGGAUGGCAAACGAUGGUCAUCACAGCCAACCAAUUGUCUUGCUGAAUCAAAGCCUUUGUACAGAACGUCUUCAUACCCUGAGCAGCAACAACAACAGCAUCACCAAAACCAUCACCUCCAGCAUGUCUCCAGCGAGCCAAUUCCAGUACCAAAAUCUUCUUUUACUUCAUAUCCUCCCCCUGGGGGCAGGUCUCCACAGGGUUCACCCAACCACCACCCAGGCCAUCUGAAUGUCCCAUAUCUUGCUGGUAGAUCUGAGAUGGGAUUAUCUUCACCAACUCUCUCCCCCUUCUCUAAUUCUCAGCCGCAGUUGACUGGUUUACAACACGGUUUGAAUUUUGGAGGAAAUAUGCCUCAGUUUAGUCAGAGUCUCUCAGGUAAUAGCCGACCACCAAGCCACUGGGUUACCCAGUCCAACUUUUAUCAUGGAGAUCCUUCCGGCCUUGUGAACAACUUGCUGCCACAACGGUUACCCCAUCAGAAUGGAUUAAUGCCGCCACAAGUAGUGCCACAGCCACAGCCGCCACAGCAUAGGCUGCAUCAUCCUGUUCAGCCGUCAUUCGGCCAUUUAUCGGGGUUUCAGUCACAACUAUAUAACCCUCAACUUUCUCCAGGUCCUCCCUUAAUGGGCAAGUUUGAAGCAAUGCUUGGCCUUCCUGAUCUAAUGAGAGAUCAAAGAUUGAAAUCAGCUCAGAAAGGGAGAGUGAAUCUUAGGUUUCCCCAUCAGGGCUUUGAUACCAGUAGCCACAGGAGUGAUAGUGGGUGGCCGCAGUUUCGAUCGAAGUAUAUGACAUCCGAUGAAAUAGAGGGUAUCCUUAGAAUGCAGCUUGCUGCAACGCACAGUAAUGACCCCUAUGUAGAUGACUAUUACCACCAGGCUUGCCUUGCAAAAAAAUCUGCUGGGGCGAAGCUGAAACAUCAUUUCUGCCCAACUCAAGUGAGGGAUCUUCCUCCUCAAGCUCGUGCUAAUUCUGAACCACAUGCUUUUCUCCAAGUUGAUGCUCUUGGGAGGGUUUCAUUUUCAUCAAUUCGUCGACCUCGUCCACUCCUUGAAGUUGACCCUCCGAAUAUGUCUGUUGCUGGCAGCUCUGAACAAAAAGUUUUGGAGAAGCCCCUUGAACAAGAGCCAAUGCUUGCAGCCCGGGUCAUGAUCGAGGAUGGCCUAUGUCUUCUUCUUGAUGUGGAUGAUAUUGACCGUUUCUUACGGUUCAAUCAGCUCCAAGAUGGUGGGGCCCAGUUAAGACGGAGGCGGCAAGUCUUGCUGGAAGGGCUGGCAGCAUCACUUCAAUUGGUGGACCCACUCGGCAAAAAUGGAAACACAGUUGGCCUUGCUCACAAGGAUGAUCUUGUUUUCUUACGGUUGGUUUCUCUUCCCAAGGGGCGGAAGCUCCUUGCACGGUAUCUACAGCUUCUUUUUCCUGCAGGCGAGCUCAUGCGAAUAGUCUGCAUGGCAAUAUUCCGUCAUUUAAGGUUCUUAUUUGGUGGCCUUCCCUCUGAUCCAGCUGCAGCAGAAACAACAGAUAAUCUUGCUAGGGUUGUUUCCCUGUGUGUCCAUGGCAUGGAUCUUAGUGCAAUCAGUGCCUGUCUGGCAGCAGUAGUUUGUUCCUUAGAGCAGCCCCCACUUCGUCCUCUUGGAAGCUCGGCUGGAGGCGGGGCUUCCCUGAUUCUUAAGUCUGUUCUCGAGAGGGCAACUGAACUCUUAACCGAUCCUCAUGCUGCUAGCAGCUACAAUAUAACUAAUCGGUCACUUUGGCAGGCCUCAUUUGAUGAGUUCUUUGGCCUUCUAACCAAGUACUGCAUGAAUAAAUAUGAUAGUAUUAUGCAGUCAUUGCUUAUGCAAGCUCCAUCAAAUAUGUCUACUUUUGGGUCAGAUGCAGCUAGAGCUAUCAGUAAGGAAAUGCCAGUUGAGCUGUUACGAGCAAGUCUUCCUCACACCGAUGAGAACCAGAAGAAGCUGUUAAUGGAUUUCGCACAGCGCUCGAUGCCUGUAGUUGGAUUAAACAGUAAUAGUGGGAGUUCUGGUCACAUGAAUUCGGAGUCGGUGCUGGGUUGACAGAAAGUUGCUUGGAUAUCCAGUAGAGAGCACUGUUGGAAAAGGGAAGUUAUGGUAUACAUCAAGGGACCCAUGAUCUUCUCUCAUGCUUUCCAUGCAAAAAAGAUCUUCACAUGGCAGCUAUGUGAAAGUGGAAUCUACUUGUGAGUGGUUUAGUCCGUUAGGUUUUUAUAUGUUUAGUUGUUUUUGCUGCAUCUUUCAUUCUCUGCUGCUCUGAGAAAACUUUUAAGCAGGCCCUUCGGUAUAAUUAUGUCUUGAGUCUGCAAUUAUUUUCUCGCUCAUGGGCUAUUGUUUUUAUUCCGUCUUUUCGUUUUUUCUUUUGUGAAUUUGAGGAUGGAGCUUAUUUUCAUGCUCUGUGGUGGUCCAGAUGAUAAUAGUAGUAAGAGUUAUAGGUAAUUAGUAUGUACAGAUUUUAGGUAGAGGUUGAUGUCCCCAUUUUCCUUUCCUAUUAUUAAACAAAGGAUGUGGGAUUGGUUUUAUGUUCACCUCAACUUGUAAGAGAGUGCAUGCUAUUCUAUUCCUGACUGGAAAUGGUUUUCAUUAUAUUAUUAUUAUAUUAAGUUCUGAAA